AUGAUAUAUGCUAGUUCUGAAAGUGAAACCGAUUUAAAUCAGCCCAUAUUAAAACAAAAUUUUUCUGCAAUAACACCUCUUGGUCAUUUGAAUGAUUUAGUAUCUGGCCAACCGAAUUUGAACAAUUGUUAUAAUGAUAACCACAUGUCUCUCGAAACUGCAGAAAUUGAAGAUACCCCAUUAGAGGUUUUUACAGAUAGUGGUGAAUGCUGUUCAACAACUUCUGAAUAUGAAAAUCCAUCUGUUGAUAGUGAAGAUUUAUGUUCUGAACUAGCAAAACGGGCUUUAUUAUUUAAUAUUUCAAAAGUAGCAGUUAGUGACUUACUUAAAAGAUUAAAAUUAUUACUGAAUUUGAAGGAACUUCCACAAGAUGCUCGUACAUUACUGAAACACCAAAAAUACUCAAGUAAGAGCAAUGGAAGAUGGACAAUAUUAUUAUUUUGGAAUAGAAAAAUCAAUCAAGAUGUUAGAUGA